GACACUAGCAAUUUACCAGACUUUUUCAAUACUCCUUCUAGGAAUCUAACCCAUAAGCCUUCUUCAAGCUUCAGGGAUCUCUGGAUGAAGGAUGAUGCACUACCAACAGUCAGUUUCACAGAUACGCUAAAAAUGCACACACCAGACAUUUUGGACUCUCCGCAGAUUGAUUUUAGUAGCGCAUUAGAGCCUAGCUUAGAGCAGUCUCUCGAUAGGACCCACAUCUCGCAACCAGCUGUCGUGCCACCACCAAUGCCAGUACAGCAGAUGCAGCAGGUACAGCAAAUGCAGCAGUUACAUCAUAUGCAACACAUCCAGCAACUUCAACAGCAGCAAAUGCAGCAGCCAGAUGUCGUAUUCCCUGCACUCCCAACUCAAAUGGAAUCAAUCCCUACUAACCACUCUGAAACUAUGGAGAAGAUCAUUAGAGACCAGGAAUUGCAAGAUUUGAAGAGACGCAGAAAAGCAAUCAAGAUUUCUGCAAUGAGUAACUUCAACCACCUUAUGACACCUUCAGAUAAAUCUUAUAUUCUCAGAAUGCAAUUAUCCUCAUUAGCAACCGCAGACCCAUACACUGACGACUUCUACGCCCAAAUAUAUUCAAUUCUCAUGCGUAAAAACCAAGGCGUUUUGAAUGUAGGAGGUAUGGCAUUGUCUGUUGCAGCAGGUUCAAACCAAUCCGGAAUGGGUGCUGGUGCAGCCAAAAAGCUUCGCGACCAGAUCGACAAAAUUGUCAGAAGCAAGAGAGAGAAACAGGAGGAUAACACCAAUAAACAAAGUCAAGAAGAUUACCUCGUUGGUGCAUUAGGUAAGACAUCCUCAAAGACCAACUCAAGAGCUCCAAGACAGGUCUUGCAAGUACCUUCGAAUGAAUCGACAAAAGCAUCCGCUAAGGAUGUCCUCUCGUCACUCGAGAAAGGUGGUUUCGCAAGCUCACUGUUGAACGGUCCACAACCUGCACUUACACGUCGUCAAAGUUUAAUUGCAUCUGAAAAACUCUACGAUUAUGUCCUUAACCUCGAGAAUUUACGUAGAAACCAACCCCAACCAAUUCAACCAACGGAAGAGAACCCAAAUCCAGAGCAACCAUACGAGGAAAUGUCACGAUGGGAGCAAGAGUACAACUUUAACGUUGAUGAAUUGUGGAAGGGUCUCAGAGUAAUGGAGCCACUUGAGUUGUCAAAUCCACACCCAUUUAUUUCAUUAAUCGCGAUUACAAAAACAUCAAAGUUACUCCCAAGAGCCAUCCGCCAUUUAGAUCAACAACAAGUGCUCACUAUUAAUACUCUCAUAAUUGCUUGCUUUAGUCAAUACCUUAGAUUUAAUCAGGACAGCAAUCUCGUUGAGGCUUUCUUAUCUGGUAUCGUUCCACAAUUUAUGUCUAUGAUUACUGGUGUUAGUUUGAGAUUAGUUGCUGGUAUGCUUGCAUUGUUUGUUGAGCGUAAUGAUGUUGUACAGGUUGCACAAUCAAAGCCAGGAUUAGCAUUCCUCACUAUCUUAUUGAGUAGAGCGGAGAUAUUGAAGCAAAUUCCAAUGGGAAUUGAAAAUGCACCAAAUCCAGAAGAAAUUUCUCAAUGGGAUCAAAUAUUCUCACUCUUCUUCAGCAAAUUGUUACCAUGUCUUCCAAGUUUAUUCCCAUCACAACGUCAUAAGACAGCUCGGGCAUUUGGAAUGGGUGCAGCUAUGCCAAGUGGAUCACUCGAAGAAAGUAUCUUAUUAGACAGUGAAGAUGAGAGUGUAUGGCGUUUCCUUGCAGCGAUUGCACUUAAUAGUGACAACAUUCAACAAUCAACCCUCGUACAAGAAGUCAGAGAUGUUGUUCAAGAGAACGUCAUAGCUGCUCAACAAGCUUGGGUACCACCACAAAGUGCUACAAAGAAAAUCGGUAAUGUUAAUGUAUUCCUCCACGCCCUUGGUUUGGACGUCAGCCAACUUGGUGUGUAGGAAUCUCGUUAUUUAAUGUUUAAAAUUACAAUCUUAAAUGAAAUAAUAAUAAUUUAUACACUCAACGGUUGUUGUUAACAUUCUGGAACUGAUACUGGAAUUUUAACUGAUGUGGCUAAUCCAGCGAGUGAAGUCUCUUUGAGUUGGGUGCUCAUUAAUGCUGCGGUAUCACGCAUUGCUUUAAGUGACAUAUCGAAAGAUACUACGUGUUCUCCGCGAGUGUUCAGACUAAGUUGAGCUGCACAAAGAGCUUUGAUUGCACCGAGGAAGUUUCUCUCGACACAAGAUACUACUCGAUCAUGUUUACAAAACCCACAUGUAACACCGAGGAAAUGCUCAAUUCCACACUCAGCAGCUUGAAGGAUCUCC